UUUUCAAAAGCCGUAGGAGCCAAGGAAAUUCAAAUGCCCUGGAGGACACAGCUGCACGUCUCUCUCUCCAAUAAUACUUCAUUGUCAACGAAGAAUUCUUGCUUUGUAGAAGCAGCAGAGACUUCUGAUGGGGUGUUUCCUUGCUUGUUAUGGCUGUUUCAAGAGCAGGAAGCGUCGAAAACCUGCCAACAAAAUUCUAAUUGAAGACCGAAUUCUUGUGAGUUACAAGCCUCUGGAAUCCACCGUCUCUGCAGAGCCUGAUCCGGCAGAGAAUUCCAUCACUACAAAAUCUGAACUGAGAAGCGAGGCCAAGGAGCCAUCAAGCAUAAAAAUCAGAAAGAAAGUUAGGUUUAAUCUGAAUGUGGUGAGCCAUGAGCCAGUCCCGUAUGAUGAAGAAAUUACAUGUCAUUUUUUGCAAAGCAAAGAGGAGAAAGACGAAGGAAAGGGUAAAACAGCAGCAGCAAAUGCAAUUCCAUGCUUUCUGGCACGGCCUGUUGGGGAUUCAACUGCAUCAAGAAUGGGAUUCUACCCCUCAUACUACCGAUAUGAAAACUGUAGAGACAGCUACGACGAAGAGGAUGAACUAGAGUACGACGAGAGUGAUUCGGAUUACUAUGAUGCUGAUGACGAUGAUGAUUAUGAUGGUAAUGAAAAUGUUAGCGAUCAAGAGGAGUUCUCUGAGCAAUUCAACUCUGUACCUAUAGAACCACAGAAGAGAGCCUCAUUAGCACCAUUAUCUGACCAGGACUUUCCUAGUCAAGAACUGAAUGCAAUGGGGUCGAAUCAGAAUGCUCGAUAUAGAAGCCAAUACAUACAUUCUGUGCGGAACCCAGUAGAAAAUCUCACCCAGUGGAAGGCAGUCAAGGCAAGAGCAGCACCACCACCGAAUCACCAAGGAAAGGAAAACAUUACAUUAGGGCAAGGGCAGAUACAGUCGAGUUCAAAGCCAUGCUUCUACCUAUCGCCUUGUGGCUUCGCAGAAAGUUUGAAUGGGUGCAAGACUCCAAUGCAAAAUAUUGUGGUUGAUGCGAGCCUCUCGAAUUGGUUGAGUUCAUCCGAGACCAUUCAGAUGGGCCACCAAAAACAGCACCAUUGAUGUUGAUGAUAUGCCACAAAUUGCAGAAAAACAUGCUGGAAAGUUCAAGGUGAUUAACAAGCUACUAGAGAUGACAGAUCCAUGAAGAUCGCUAAGCUGGGGGAUGAAGAUUGAAUCAGUUGUUAAAUAAAUAUUGUGUUCUAACAACAAGAUCAUGGUUUUCCAAUAAAUCAAAAUACAUACACGACAAGCUAUUGACGGCUACUUUUGAUGUGGAGUUGAUAAUGCAUUCUCAAAAGAUCAACCGAUGCUAGCCAGCCAGCGUUUGUUGUCUUAUAGCCUGGGAGAGGAGUUUGACUAUUUGAGUGUCCUUGGUGUGUUCAAGGUUCUUUUGAUUCUUUUCUGAUUGUGUUGUGCAUUAUUUCAUAAAAUGCUCUCUGGAAGUUCUGCAGUACUGAUAAUGUUGACUUAGCUGUUUGCUUUAUUCCUUUCCUGUUUUUAAAGAAGGAAUGCAUAAUUAAUAUUAAAAAAAAACUACAUGAUUCAUAUUUUCAUCAAUUAGAAUUGUUCCCC